CUUUUCGGGGCUUGUGUGUAUUAUAUUGUUGUUUGUAUUCGAUUCGGAACAAUUCUCAUUGCUUGUUUAUAUGUAACCCUUUACGCUGCUUCUCUCAAAUCUCUCUCCCUCUCUUUUAUAGUCUUGUUUAGAUCUGUUGCUCCUAUUUUGAAGGAACCAAAUACAAUAAGUCUUUCGCAGGCUUGUCAUUCUGAGUAGAAAUGGCUGAUCGGCAACAGUACCCAUCUAUCACGCAAAAGGUUGCUGGCCAGGUUCAUCUCAGUUCUAUCUUGUCCCAUGAUGUUCAAUGCCGAUCCAUGGCUUUUCAAAGGCCUACUAUAUAUCACAGGCAGUUUGCAUAUGGAAAUUACUGCAAUGUAGGAUUCCAAGCCACCCCUUAUCUAUCAUUAGUCGGAUCGACAACCUCGCCAGUGUUUGUGAAUUCCCCAUCAGAGAAAGGCAUUGCUGGCUUCGCUUUAGAUUUUCUUAUGGGAGGAGUUUCUGCAGCUGUGUCCAAAACUGCUGCAGCUCCCAUUGAGCGUGUCAAGCUCUUGAUCCAAAACCAAGAUGAGAUGAUCAAGGCUGGUCGACUCUCUGAGCCCUACAAGGGAAUUGGGGAUUGUUUCAGCCGAACAAUGAAAGAUGAGGGUUUCAUGUCAUUGUGGAGAGGAAACACAGCGAAUGUCAUCCGUUAUUUUCCUACUCAGGCCUUGAACUUUGCCUUCAAAGAUUACUUUAAGAGGCUCUUUAACUUUAGGAAGGACCGUGAUGGCUACUGGAAGUGGUUUGCGGGUAACUUGGCAUCGGGAGGUGCUGCUGGUGCUUCUUCCCUGCUCUUUGUCUAUUCAUUGGAUUAUGCUAGAACUCGCCUUGCAAAUGAUGCCAAGGCUGCAAAAUCAGGAGGAGAAAGGCAAUUCAAUGGCCUGGUUGACGUCUACAGGAAGACACUGCAAUCAGAUGGUAUUGCUGGGCUUUACCGUGGAUUUAACAUUUCAUGUGUUGGCAUCAUUGUAUAUCGUGGUCUGUACUUUGGAAUGUAUGAUUCUUUGAAGCCUGUAGUCCUGACAGGGAAGCUACAAGAUAGCUUCUUUGCUAGCUUUGCCCUUGGUUGGGUUAUCACAAAUGGUGCUGGUCUUGCUUCAUAUCCUAUUGACACUGUCCGCAGAAGAAUGAUGAUGACAUCAGGUGAAGCUGUCAAAUACAAGAGCUCAUACGAUGCAUUCUCUCAGAUCCUUAAGAAUGAGGGAGCCAAAUCUCUCUUCAAGGGUGCUGGUGCAAAUAUCCUCCGCGCGAUUGCUGGAGCUGGUGUUCUUGCUGGAUAUGACAAGCUUCAGAUGAUUGUUUUCGGAAAGAAGUACGGUUCUGGCGGAGCCUGAAUUAGCUUCUCUCUGCUUUCUUUCCACCUUACAUAGCCACCACAAAUGGUGAUGAAAUUUUGCAGUUAUAAUUCAAGAAUUUAUUCAGGGGGAUUCUUUACGCAUUAAAAUAAUAUAGUAUCUGUUUCUUUCAGGGUUUUUUUAUCCUGUAAUACGUACUUCAUUGAUUUUGAAUAUACAUAUAUGCAAAUUAUUUAACGGUGUCUA